AAUAACAGCGAACGCAUAAAACAAAAAGAGUUGUUUUGCUUAUUUUGUAUAUAUGUAUUGGUAUAUUUGCGCGAAUUUAGAUAGUCUUGAUAUUAUAUACUAAACAUAUACAUUCAAGGGUGUUAGACAAAGAAUUAUGUCCGCGCCACGCAUUCGAUUUAAAACCCUUAAAGGCUUCCCACCAGCAAUUGUGGAGAAAAUUGAGACAGAGGCCUUUCUUGAAGCUGCUACGGAAAUCGUUACUAUUAUUGAGACAUUUGGCAAACUAUUUACACCUGUGGUAAAUGAUAUGAAUGGCAAUAUUACGAAGCUAACAAAGGUCUACAACAAGGACAAAGCAUUGUAUGCUUACCUUGAGGACUUGAUAAUAUUAAAUGUGAAUGUAGAUAAUUUUGCGGCGAAUGCUCUAUUAUGGCUAAAGCGUGGCCUACAAUUGAUUUGUACAUUUUUCGAAAAUAUCUUCAAUGACACACAGGCAACAGAGGCAUUGAAGCUGCAUCUGCAAAAUGCAUAUGAGCGUACACUGAAGCCAUAUCAUGGUUUCUUAGUACAGGGCACAAUAAAAAUAAUCUACAAUUGGGUGCCAACACGCUCACAACUGAUUGGACAGGGUGAGGCGCACGAUGAGAAUCUGCAAGUGUUGGAAAACUAUUUGCCAGUGAUGCGUUGUCACUUGAAUCGGAUUGACGCGCUGCUAAAAAAACACAAUUUGGAUGAUGCAAAGGUGUGAGAAGGCGGAAAUUUGCUAACAACCCGCAUAAUACUUGUGUUUUGUUUUUGUUGCAUGCUUAAAAAAAAAAAAAAAAUUUAGAUAAGUUUAAUGAAGAGGCUUCUAUGCACCUUUCGGGGUCUGGGUCUAUUGAACCGAAGCUAUCUUGAAUUAGGGCAAUAUUUAUAAUAGGCCUAAGAAUUUUACGUUUAUAUUGAAUGUAUUAAAUUUUGUUAUUGCGGACUUAGUCCAAAUUUAUGAAAUAUUGCUGUAUCGUUAUUUUAAACCUGAAAUUCAAUUCGAGUUGAAUAGUAAUUUCAUCGCGGACAUGCGAUUUAUUUAAUUUAUUUCUGUUAAUUAGUAUAAAAAAUAAACUAUUAUGCAUUUAAACUAUGGCA